AUGUCAGCAUUUCCUAAACUUGAAAACCCAAAUUUGGAAGGGUACCAAAUCACCAGAGCCAUGUGGUUGGAAUACUACAAUUCACACGAAAAGACAUUUGUGGCUAAAAAGAAAUGCAGCGGCUGCUACAAUGACUCCAAGUUUGUUGUAUGGGCCAUUUCUGUAGGUGUGCAAGCUGUGGUUGAUGCUGCUAGGAUCUACCCUGAUGAGUUUAAGCCUUUGAUCGGACCAGCAGUUGCCAUGUUUCAAAAAUACAAAAACAACAAUCUUAAAGGAUAUUCGGCAGCAGAGGGCGGCGAUAAUGAUAUCUACUAUGAUGAUGAUGCACAAGUUGCUAGUGCUAUUAUCACUGCAUAUGAGGUGACUGGUGACAAGCACUAUUUGGACCAAGGAAGAGAGUUGGUUAGAUUCUUGAUGGGAGGCUGGAAUGAUAAUCCAAAAGCAGUGACAAAAGGUGGAAUGCAUUGGCAUGUAUCCAAAUCGUUAUUGAACUCCUGCACUACUGCUGAAGUGGCUAAGGCAUGCUUGCAGAUCUCAAAGUUUGUGCCACAAGAAAGUAAAGUGUAUGUUGACUUUGCAGCAAAGUGUAUUGAUUGGCAGGUCAAAGUCUUGCAAGAUCCUCUGGAUAAAUUGAUCAGAGAUGGUGUUGGUGAGGAUAGCGACAAGGUGGAUGAUGUGAAAUGGAGUUACAAUACUGGUACUACCUUGUCAGCAGCUGCAGAAUUGUAUCACAUCACUAAGGACAAAAAGUGGUUGCAAAUCGCCACGGACUUGGCGAGAGCAGCUAUCAAUCACAACUCGUUCUUUUAUGACCGUGAUUUUCCCAAUGACAAGAGAUACUGGCGUGACUCAUCCUAUUUUGUACAAUUGUUAAUUGAAGGUCUUGCCGAUUACUUGUUGUACGUUGAUCCAAAAGAUGUUCCCGAAGGAUUGGCACAACAAAUACACGAUGAGGUCAAGAGACAUUUAAUUAUAUUCUACGAAUUCAUCAAAGAUCCUAAAGAUGGAAUGUAUUUGCAAAGCUUUGAACCUCACAAUACCUAUAAAGAGGUAUACGACGCUAAAUACCACCACUGGUUUGGAGACGGAAAAGGUUGGGGAUUGAAAGGUGAAGAUAAAGAUGAUCAAGGAAAUCCACAAAAGUGUCUCAUGGGCUAUGGAUCUGCUGCCAGGAUAUUCUUCCAAGGUGCUAGAAUUGUCCCAAAAAUAGAAUAG